AUGACACAAAGCACUCAAUCUUUUAAGCCAACAUGGAAUCCUGAAUUGUAUGCAAAAGCAAGACCUGAUUAUCCCAGGUCAGUGAUUGACGGAAUAUUGAGCACAAUAAACGCAACAAAGUUAAAUUAUGUCGAUUUAGCAGCGGGAACGGGCAUCUUUACCAAAUUACUGAUUGAUGCAUGUACGAAUGAUUCGGGAAACAAAUUUAAAUUACAAACGGCAACAGCAAUCGAACCAAGUGAAACGAUGCUUAAACAAUUAAAUGGUAGUUUGUUUGAUCAAAAGACUGGAAUUAUACCACAAUGGAAAGAACAAGGUAGAUUGGAUAAAGAUUUACAAACUUUUACCGGUUCCGGUUUAUUCGAUACAAUUGAUUUAACAAAUAUCGCCCCUAACCUUCAAGGUAAUGUUGAUUUGAUCACUAUUGCACAGGCAUGGCAUUGGUGUGAAGAUUGGAAUGGCGCUUUAGCUCAAAUUGCAAACGUGCUCAAACCUGGAGGUGUUUUGGCCAUCGUUUGGAAUUUGGAAGAUCGGGAAGCAGCUCAUUGGGUUGCAGCCGUACGGGAAGCAUAUGAAGUGUACGAGGGAAAUUCUCGACAAUAUCGACAUGGAACAUGGAAGCAAAUGUACGACACGGAAGCAAUUAAGCAAUAUGAAAUCUUGCCCGAAAUUCAUCUUACUCGUGGCAUUCCCACCACCGUUGAAGGCGUUUGCAGCAGAAUUGCAAGUAAGAGUUACAUCUCUAUGGAAUCUGCAGAAAAUCAAAAGAAAGUUCUUGAUCAAAUUCACCAAAUAUUCGCAGAGAAAAACGAUGAUCAAUUGCAACGGAAAUGGAUCGAUCAAUCGGCCGGAGUAUUUGAAUAUCCAUACGCUACCGAUGUUUUACUUUUCCGCAAGAAGUGA